AUGACAAACUCAGAAGCCACCGAGAGGCUCUGUUUGCAGAUUCUUUGGGACUGGUUAAGACAUCAGAGCUUCCUCAGAUCUCUAUUUUUCCCAGUUGUCUUCUCUCUGACAGUUUACCUGAGCUGCUGCUUGCCUUUUGUUUGUCUGGAUUUGCUCUGUUCCAGACUGACCCUGGUGCGCCGCUUCAAGAUCCAGCCUCAAAGCGAGGUCACAUGGCCAAUGGCUUGCAGGUGCUUGCGCAAAAUUCUCCACAACCAUGUCUGUUUCAUUUUCCCCCUUUCUGUUGUAUACUGGCACUGGAGGCCUGUGUUUUUUCCUCCACUGGCACCUGAGAUGCUGACUGUUGUUAAGGACAUACUAGCCUGCCUCCUCCUGUUUGACAUGCAGUACUUUUUGUGGCAUCUGCUACAUCACAAGGUGUUGUGGCUCUACCAUUUCUUCCACAAGGAGCACCACCUCUACACGGCCACCUUCUCUCUGGCAACAGAAAACACAGGGGUCUGGGAGAUGCUGAGCCUCACCUUCUUUGCAGCACUGAACCCUGCCCUCCUGGACUGCCAUCCACUCACAGAGAUGCUCUUCUUUGUCACAAACAUGUAUCUGUCUGUGGAGGCGCACUCUGGCUAUGAAUUCCCCUGGUCUCCACAUAGACUGGUGCCCUUCGGCCUCUACGGAGGAGCCAGGCAUCAUGACCUCCACCACCUCAAAUUCAAAGUAAACUACGCACCGUACUUCACACACUGGGACAUACUUCUUGGCACGCUCCAGGGAGUACGGAGGAGGUAA